CAUAUCUCGGCUCAUUUUCGAAUUUGCCCGAGACUCCGUACAAUGAUUGACAUUGAGCAAGCCGCGACGGUGAGCAUCCUGUACGACGCGUUGCUGCACAAGAAGAGCUUGUACUGCCAUAGCAAGAUGCUCGACGAGUCCAAAAAGCUCAUGGCGUGCAAGAAGGACAUUGAGGAGUGCCGGGAACGCAUCGAGGAGAUUGAAGAUCAACUCGGGGACAUCCACGUUGAGUGCUGCGACAAGGGUCCCGAAGCGUAUGCGUCCAACCCGGAAGUCAAGACGCUCCUCGCAGAAAAAGAAGAGGAAGAGUCCCUUCUCAAGCAGAUGAACAGCGUCCUUGACAGUCGCAAGAAAGCGAUGCGGAUCUUCCUGAAGCACAAAGCCAUGUUAGACACAAGUCGCAAGUCCCUGAAAAACCGACAGCGACGGAUUGUAGAGAAGGCAUACCGCACUGGCCUCUUGGUAUGCCAGUCGUAGGUACCGCAACCGAUGUAAUUUAAUAUUUAAGCCGCAUGAGAUGUUCUGUCCAUA